AAAUAACUGUAGAAAUUGGAAGUAAUAUUUGAGGUAGUGUAGUUCUUGCAAAGCCUUUAGGCUUGUAUCGCAUAGAAUCCUUAUUGUUAGAAAGUUUAUUUUUUUGUAUUUUGUGGGUAAAAUUGGGUUACUGACGUUUAAUGACUUCUGCUAUGGGAGACUUGCACACCCUAGUGGAGAGCCAUAUUACAUACGAAAAGUGUAGUUUAUGUCUGUUGGCAAAAAGGAAAUUAAAUUAAAUUUUCCGAAAGCCGAACACAUGAACAGUGUUAAAAAACAUCGUGUGAGAUGAUUUGUCUAGAAAUCAUAUAUUUUUUAAAGUUAUCAUACUUUUAUUUUGAAAACUAAAUAAUGCACCGGAAGUGAAAGUUUCGAACAGUAGAGUGAAGUAGUACGAUACAUACACACACACGAAGAAAACGAUCUACCUAUUUCUACCUGAUGACGGUCAAAUAAGACAUAAAUCUUUUAUUCACAAGGAAAAAACUGAAAUUAUCGGACAAAAAAAAUGAACUUUCAGAAAAGCUUGUCAAGAAACUCGUAAGCUAGCAGUCUUCUCCUUUAGCAGCUACAAUGCUAAUGGCUGUGACGGCCGGCUUUCCCCCGUUUAAUCCGCUCCAUCGAUGACCAUGGAUGUCAAAGCAGUCCUCGAGUUUGCUACAGUCACACGAGGCCUCUCUUUGCUUCUGCAGGCUGUCGUAAAUGCUGCCAUUCCUGACCACGAAGCUGAUGCGUUCAGGCCCCCUCGGACAGAAGAACCUCUGUACCUGGACUCGCUGGUGGAUUGGUUGUUUGGCGGUCUAUCCCACUGGGAUGCAGAGCAUUUUCUCUUCAUCGCGGAGAAAGGAUACCUCUUUGAGCACAACUUUGCCUUUUUCCCUCUCUUCCCUGUCGUCAUCCGGGGCCUGGUGGAGACUUUGUUUUGGCCCCUGAGCAGCUGGCUGAGCUUGCGGGGCCGGCUGCUGCUGGCUGUUGCUCUGGGAAACACUGCUCUGUUCCUUCUCAGCGUGGUAUCCCAGCAUGCCCUCAGCAGACUCGUCCUGCAGGACAGACGCCUGGCCCUGCUCUCCAGCCUGCUGUACUGCAUCACUCCUGCCAAUGUUUUCAUGACGGCCGGUUACUCCGAAAGUCUGUUUGCUGCUCUGACAUUUGGAGGUCUGUUCCUCCUGGAGAAAGGGUUCACGUUCAGAGCCUGCCUUGCCCUCAGCAUCGCCACGGCAGCACGCUCUAACGGCCUCGUUAACAUGGGCUUUUUACUCUAUCUCCCAGCCGUGCAUGCCAUUUCUCAGAUCCGAGAAUACCGUGCCACAUCUAAAGGCCACAGUAAAGUCCUCCAUUACAUCUGGGUCAUCACCCGUCUCCUCCUCACCUCCCUCUUUGGGUGCACAAUAAUCGCCCUCCCCUUUUGUGCUUUCCAGUAUUAUGGCUACAGGACUUUUUGCACCCCCUCCACCUCUCCGGAGCAGGUCCAUCCUGCUCUCCUGUCCCUGGCGGAGAGCAAAGGUUACCGCAUUCCUGAUGAAAAUGGUCCACCGCCCCUCUGGUGCAUGAGACCCCUCCCUCUGCUCUACUCUCACAUCCAAGACGUGUACUGGGAUGUGGGCUUCCUCCGCUACUUCGAGCUGAAGCAGAUACCCAACUUCAUCCUGGCCCUGCCGAUGGCCACACUCGGCAUAAUGGCUGCGUAUGCAUAUUACCAAGCGAAUUCUGAACUCUGCUCAAGACUUGGACUGUGGAGAGCAGGUCCAGACGAAGGGCUUGCCAAACCCACGCCAGGCUUUUUUAACCCCCGGGUUUUUGUCUAUGUUGUCCAUUCAACAGUUCUCCUGGUCUUUGGAACACUGUGCAUGCACGUGCAGGUUCUCACUCGGUUCAUGGCCUCUUCCUCGCCUGUGCCCUUCUGGAUAAGCGCUCACCUGCUCCUCCUCAAUGAGCCGCUUCUCCACCAAAGGAGAAUGUCGAAGCCCAACGUGCAGCUGCAGCCCCAUUCAAGAAGUCACACGCCUCAAAACCCCAUCGUUGCACUGUUGACGCACUUCAGAAGCUGCUCUCCGACCACACGGAGCAUUCUGGGAUACUUUGUCUCCUACUGGCUCGUGGGGCUUGUGCUGCACUGCAACUUUUUGCCUUGGACUUGACUUUAGAUUCAACUGGGCUGUUUUUCUAUGUAGGACUGGGCUGGAUCUGCAACUUUGGAACACUAAAAGUAAAUAUACUCCGGGUCGUUGCAGAACACCCCAUAAAUAGUGAAAAGUACAUGUUAAAUGCAGUCAUUUGCAUGCAAAUACUUAAUAUACCUCAAACAAUUUCAGUCUCAUUUCUUUAUAAAAGAAAAAAAAACUUUGGGUUGCCAGAACUUGGAUAAAUUAUUUUUGAAUGUUUUUUUUCGUGGUGUUUCAUUUUAUUUUUGUCGUUCUUUGAAGACAACGUUAAAAACAAUUGCAUGACUUCAUUUAGUGCGGGGGUUUGGGGGGGGUGAAUUUCUUCUUUUACCUUAGAAAACUUGAAUUAUUUAUCUCAGCUGCUGCACUGCAUGUCCAAAAGAUCUGCUCCAAGUCAAAGCUGGAAAUCUUUUUUUGUAAAUAAAAAAAUAUAUAAAUAAAGAAAA